GACCUCGCCGAAGCUUGGACUGCACAGAAGAAAACCACGUUCGCCAGAUAAGAGACGGUGGUAGACGGGGAACAUGGACGGGACUCCUACUAGCAUGACGCACCCAAUGGCGAGGAUCUUCCUGCUGUUGACUUUUCUUGCGAUCUUUCAGGCACAAGAUGUUGCAACUUCACCGGCACCGACCGUCUGUAUCAUCGGCAGCGGCAUCGGUGGCUCCUCAGCCGCCCACUUCCUCCGCAAGUACUCACCUAGUUCCUCUCCUCCUAUCAGAAUUCAAAUGUUCGAACGCAACGGACUCGUUGGGGGUCGCAUGGCUACUGUGAAUGUUGCGGGAGACACCUUCGAAGCUGGAGCUUCAAUUCUUCAUCCCAAAAACUUUCACGCCUUGAAUUACACUAAGCUUCUUAAUCUCGAGUUCAAGGAGAAGGAUUCAUCUUCAGGUUCUUUGUCUCUGGGAAUUUGGGACGGGGAGAAGUUUGUUUUUAAAACGCUCAAAAUUGAUUCCAAUGUUCCCUUGCUCGAUAAGCUCGUCUCAAUUGUUAAUUCGAUUCUUCUAUUCAUCCGCUACGGCUUUUCACUUCUUAAAAUGAAUAUUUUUGUUGAGAGUACCGUGGCUCGAUUCUUAAGGUACUACGACGAACCAGCUUCGAGACCUAUUUUCGAGACUCCGGAUGCGAUGCUGAAGUGGGCUGGUCUGUAUAAUCUUACGACCAGGACUUUGCGAGAUGAAUUAGUUGAUCUUGGGUUGUCUCCCUUGUUGAUAGAAGAACUUGUCACUGUCAUCACGCGAAUUAAUUAUGGCCAGAGUGUAUACAUCAGCGGACUUGCUGGUACAGUUUCUUUGGCAGGAUCAGGUGGAGGACUAUGGUCCAUCAAAGGAGGCAACUGGCAAAUGGCUGCUGGACUGAUUAAUCAGUCUGAUGUUGCGUUGCACCUGCAUGAAGAAAUAGAAUCCAUUGCUGACCUUGGGGAUUUUUAUGAACUCAACUCCACGAAAGGCAACAGUUAUGUCUGUGAGGUUGCAGUGGUUGCUACACCUUUGGAUGAGUCAAAUAUACAAUUAUUUCCUCAGACAUCAAUUUCUAAAAGAAAAACACAGCACACCCAUGCAACUUUUGUUCGGGGCUUGCUGAACCCAGCAUACUUUGGCCUCAGUGCGGUGACGGAGAUUCCAGACCUUGUGGGCACAGUCGAGGCUCCUGACCUUCCAUUCUCUAGCAUUUCAGUUCUCAAGAAGUAUGAUGAAAAGGAUGCCACGUAUAAGAUAUUCUCUCGUCAGCCAGUGUCAGACUCAUUGCUGGAUACCAUCUUUAGUGUGAGGAAAGAGACUAUUAGAAUAAACUGGCCCGCCUACCCUCUCUACCGUGCCCCUGAAGUAUUUACGCCAUUUCUGUUGGAUGGUCGGCAUUUGUAUUACGUCAAUACAUUUGAGAAUGCAGCUAGCACCAUGGAAACAAGUGCUGUAGCAGCUGAGAAUGUUGCUCGACUCAUCCUGUCCAGAUAUUUUGGCACAAUGUUUAUGCAUUCAUCCAAGUUGUCUUCCAGCUCUCGUGGAGAGAAAUCCCAUUUAGAUCUUUGAACUGCAGUGAUUGUAAUAUAUUAUCAAGUAGUUUGACUGCCAUCAAGCUUGUACAUGGAAGAUUUUGUCCCCGCGGGGGUUCCAAACAGGGUUUGUACUUUUGGAUUAUAAGAAAACUAAUUUCUCACAGUUGUUAAGUAGAUGGUGAGGGAGAAAAUGCCAUUGAGGGCUUGGGGCU